AUGUCCCUGUUCAAAGCGCAGACAGCCCAUAUACCAGCCGAUGGAGGAGGCAUUGCCCGGUUCCGAGACCAUCAUAAAAGGCUCGGCCGGCCGUUGCUGGGCACGGUGCUGACGGUGCAAGCCAACAUUGUCGCCAUGCUGGCCGCCCAGGCAUUCGACUUUGUCAUGAUCGACAUGGAACACGCUCCCAUGUCGGCGGAGCAGAUGACGCACAUGGUGCACGGCGUGGUGGCCGCGUCCAAGGGCAAAUGCCUGGCCAUCGUGCGCGUCCCGUCUCACGACGUCGGAUGGAUCAAAUGGGCGCUGGACAGCGGCGCGGCGGGCAUCAUCAUCCCCAUGGUCAACAACGCCGCAGAAAUGGAACGCAUCAUCUCCCACGCAGUCUACCCGCCCGGGGGUAAACGGAGCUUUGGUCCCUUCAACGCCGCCUUCGGCCGACAGUUGCAGGGAACCCAGUUCGGCACGUACUACGACAUGGCGCGGGACGACGGGGUCGCCAUUCUCCCCAUCAUCGAGUCCGCCGAGGGGAUCAAGAACGCCGACGCCAUCAUGGCCGUGCCCGGCGUGUCUGGCUGCUUUAUCGGGCCCUAUGACCUGCGUCUGUCCCUGGGAUUGCCAGGAGGCGUGGACGGUCCCGAGCCAGAGUUCGCCCAGGCUCUAUCCACCGUGCUUGCUGCGGCCGAGAAGCACGGCAAAAUCGUCGGCUCCAUGGCGACUUCGUCGGAAAUGGUGGCCACGCGCGCGAAGCUGGGCAUGACUUUCCUCCUCGUGACUCUGGACUAUAGUGUUUUGGUCGCGGGAUUUGCGUCGGCGGUGGAGGAAGGAAAAGAAGCUCUGAAGAAAGUCGGACAUAUUCCAUCACGUCUGUAA